UUGGCUGCGGGGCGGCCGGGUUUUCCCGCGCGCGCGCUCGGCGGGGCGGCAUGGCGGGGGAACGCGCGGUGGGGCUGGUGCGGGAGCUGCAUCGUACCACCGGCGGGAGCCUCCCGCCCUUCCGGACGGAGGAGCUGCGACAGGUACUGGAGGAGAUGCGGUCGCUGUACGAGCAGAACCAAGCGGAUGUGUCCGAAGCGAAGUCAGGACGCACGGACCUCAUUUUCCUCAUCCGGUUUCGGCACUGCUGCCUGCUCCGGAACCAGCGCUGCAUCCUGGCCUACCUGUAUGACCGGUUGCUGCGGAUCCGAGCACUGAGGUGGGAGUAUGGCAGUGUCCUGCCAAAUGCCAUCCAGUUUCACAUGUCAGCAGAGGAAGUGGAAUGGUUCAAUCAGUACAAAAAGUCUCUGGCUACCUACAUGAAGUCAGUAGGAGGAGAGGAGGGGCUGGACCUUACACAGGACAUAAAACCUCCUAAAAGCCUGUACAUUGAAGUGCGGUGUUUAAAAGACUAUGGAGAGUUUGAGAUCGAUGAUGGUACCACGAUCCUGUUGAAGAAGAAUAGCCAGCACUUCUUACCCCGCUGGAAGUGUGAGCAGUUAAUCAGACAAGGAGUCCUUGAGCAUGUUCUUUCGUAAGAAUGCAGGACAGAAGGGACAACUCUUGCUUGCCCACAGUGGGGACUCAACUCUGGUAUGUGCAGGACUUCAGAUACCUUACCAUUUCUGCAGUGCACACCCUGCAACUCCUCUUUGAUACCUGACACUAAGAUCAGCCCUGAGUUUAUAAAGUAUGCAAACCACACUGGCUGGCUGUUCUUGACCACAGUGCGUCCUGGUAGUGUAACCAUCCUGGGAAUCCAGCACAGUGGGGGUGGCACUGGGGGGGUGAGAGGAGUCUAUCCAAGACCCUCAGCUACAAACAGGUUUUAUGAAUGCAUUUUUGUCUGGAGCAGUUCUUUGUUCGCACUGUGCAUGUAAGACACCAACCAAGUGGGCUCCAGAAGGCAGGACGGCUCCAAAAUUGCAAAAUAAAAAUGGCUUCACCUUCAA